AGUCCAUAAAAAGGCGGGCGGGGCUUUCCCGAGAGAGAGAGAGAGAAAGAGAGGGCGGGGAAAGAGAAAGCUGAAGGGAGUCCUGUAAUGGCGACGGGUUUGUCAGAUAAUUUGAAGCAUCCUACCAUGGUUUGGGAAGUUAAGACUAAUCAGAUGCCUAAUGCAGUGCAAAAACUCCUAUUAGUGGUGGACAAGAGAACUUCAAGGAUGAACGAAUCAUUGGAAUUACUGAAGUGUAAUGAGAACCUCCCAUCUUCUCCUGGAUAUGCAUCUUGUGAUGAGCACAUGGAGCUUGAUGAUCUUCCUGAACUGCAGGCUGUUCACACUGAUUCUACCCCACCUGCACUUUUCCAGCUGAGUGCUGAUGUCUCGCAUCAGGAAUAUUCAAGGCCUUCAUGGAACCAGCAUACCUCAAGCAGCAGUUCAGAAAAUGCUUAUACUUGUGAGAAUGGCGUGAACUGGUUGACAGAAUUGGCAAACAUAGCUACUAGUCCACAGAGUCCUCUAAUGCAGUGCUCUUUUUAUAACAGAUCAUCUCCUGUUCAUCUAAUAGCUACAAGCAAAAGUUUACAUUCCUAUGCACGUCCUCCACCAGAAUCCUCUCAGAGUGACUCUGGUUUUCCUAAGCAUCACAUUGAUGAAACACCUGUCAGACAUGAAAGGACAACUAGUGAAUCAGAGUCUGGAAUUUUCUGUAUGUCAUCCCUGUCAGACGACGACGAUCUAGGAUGGUGCCACUCCUGGCCUCCAACUGUUUGGCAUUGUUUCCUUAAAGGAACACGUUUAUGCUUUCAUAAAGGACGCAACAAGGAAUGGGAGGAUGCUGAAGAUUUUGCUAGGUCCACAGCCUGUAAAAAUGAAAUGGAUGAUUCAGUGAGUACUUACAAAGGAUAUGGUUCUGAUGGUUUGAAGUUGAUAUCACAUGAAGAAAGUGUUUCAUUUGGCGAGUCAGUUCUAAAAUUGACUUUUGAUCCUGGCACAGUGACAGAUGGCUUGCUUACUGUAGAGUGUAGACUAGAUCAUCCUUUCUAUGUUAAAAACAAAGGAUGGUCAUCUUUUUAUCCGAGCCUGACUGUGGUUCAGCAUGGAAUUCCAUGUUGUGAAAUGCACAUUGGAGAUACAUGUCUACCUCCAGGACACCCUGAUGCCAUUAAUUUCGAUGAUUCGGGUGUGUUUGAUACAUUCAAAAGUUACGAUUUUACACCGAUGGAUUCCUCUGCAGUUUAUGUGCUAAGUAGUAUGGCUCGCCAACGCCGUGCUUCUUUAUCUUGUGGAGGAUCAGGAAGCCAAGACUUUGAAAGAUCAGAAUGCAGUACAAACUGUGGACCUGCUCAGUCAUCACAGAUUUCACCCAAUCCUUUGUAUAGUAAAGCCAGCAAAAGCCACAGCUCAGGGACUGCUGCAAGUACUGUGAAUGCCACUUCUCCCAACAAAUGCAAAAGACCAAUGAAUGCCUUCAUGCUUUUUGCCAAAAAGUACAGAGUAGAAUAUACUCAGAUGUAUCCAGGGAAAGAUAACAGAGCCAUAAGUGUGAUACUUGGUGACAGGUGGAAAAAAAUGAAAAAUGAAGAAAGGCGGAUGUACACAUUAGAAGCCAAGGCCUUGGCUGAAGAACAAAAACGUUUAAAUCCCGACUGCUGGAAACGGAAACGAACAAAUUCAGGUUCACAAUAACAUUAGAUCGGAAUUCUUCUACAAAUACAUAGUGGAAGAAGACUUGAUGAUCAAGAAUUCAUGAUUUGUUGUGAAGGUGCGACCAUAAAAUACAGGCAGCAUUGAGUUGUUAGGAAUGAGAAUUUGCUUAUUACAGUAGAGCAUUAAGAAAGCUAAAAACUAUCAGCAUUUUAAAACCAAAUUGCCUUAUUUUUCUUCCAAACUACAUAUGUCUAUCAGGUGUAAUAGGCUUGAAAAUGGAUAUCCUGUGGUGCUAAAUAAUAGUAGGAAGAGGAGCUUUGUAUAAAUGUUUAUUUUUUAAAAAAUGCAAAAAAGGGGAAUUUUAAAUAUGUAACCUGUUUAUACAUUGAUUCUUAUUGCUGAUUAAUAUGUAUUGCACAAACUAUGUAAUUAACUACAAAUCUGGGAGCUGGGAUUUUCUGACAUAAUAUAUGAACUUCUCGUUUGCCCAGUGCCAACAAGUUACCAGAAUGUGUGGCAAAGUGAUAGGAAGUGUAUAUACUAUAUGUAGCAAAAUUGUUAUCUUUUUGGGAAGAUAACACAUUUAUAAAUUAUUUGAGAUGUGAUCUCUUCCCAGCGAGAAUAAAAAGGAUUGCAGAAUUGCCAGGGCUGUCGAUAAGGGCCCAGGAUUAAAUUCGUUACUUGCAUUGCAUUAUCCCAAAAGAAUGGUGCUUCUGUGGUGUCACCAUUUUAUUCUUAAAGGGGUUUUUAUUGUGGGGGGGGGGGCGCGUUCCUAUGCUGCAUAUUUUAAAGAUUUUAUUUUGCCAUAAGACAUCUUUUAUGGUGGGGACAAACUUUUGCACUUACUGUAGGUGCAACAUUUGCACUUUACUGUUUCCCCUCCAUCUAUCUAAAAGUAGAGCAAAUAUGUUAGAUUUAUGGCUACUUUUGCUGUGAACAUUACAACAUAGCUUUUAAUGUUACUAAAUAAAAGAGUGUGUUUCUGUUUAAGAAUCACAACAAUAAAUUUCAGCACCUGACAUGUCUAUGAUGUUGCUCCUAUGAUUUUGCACACUAUAUUCAUGUAUUUCAAAUAAAUUUGUAAAAU